GAUGAAAAAAUUGAGUUAUAAAAAAUUUGCUGCUAAUAAAUCACUUCAAGUUUGUCAUGAUAAUAUUCUUGUACUAGAUCAGUUUGUAACGCUUAAAAAAAAAAUCCGAGCUGCCCACGCUCUUUUGGCAGCCGUGGAGCAUUCAAGUGAUGCUAUUGAAAUAUUGGAUCCUAUGACGUCCACUGUCCAAUACGUUAAUCCGACUCACGAUAGAAAUUUUGGUGAUAUGAAACCGCAAUUGCCCAGGGAUGCAAAAACAUUUAUUCAGCGAGCUGGGGGUGAAGGAAGCUGGCAAGGAGAGUCAUCUUUCCAGAUUAAGGGCAAAAACUUACGAUACCAAUGCUACGUUCAAACAGCUGGAGGAGGUCAACAUCUUGUUACGUUGCGAAGACCGAUUUUUGAUCAAUAUCCCAGUCCAAUUGCGUCCAAUAUGGCGGACCUGAGACGAAGAGAUAGCUUAACCACUAGAAUACAUACGCAAAGUGUUAUGCACGAUGCUCCCAUUUUAAAGGUAAGCUACUUGACUUUCUUAGUUCUUCCUCCCUUUUUCAUUUCUCUCAAGUAAUUACUAUUCGACGGAGAAGGAAAUGAUAAAUAACUUACAAAUUAGGUUUUAACAGAAUAGACAAGACGUUAUAAAAAGCAAUUAGGGAUGAUGAAUAUGUACUAUUAGUUUGGCACAGGGGGAAAUACUACAAUCUUAAUUCUACUUGAUUUCUCUUCAAUUGAUCAAAAUAAAUAUCGCUCUCUAUCAAUUUUUUCUGUUCUCCCUCUCCCUCUCCCUCUCUGUCUCCGUCCCUGUCUCUGUCUCUCGCUCUUGCGCUCUCUCUCUCUUUUACCUUGCACAAAGAAAGAGAAAAAAGCAUAUACAUAUCAAUUUCAUUCCUUGUUUUUUUUUCUUUUCAAAAUGGAAGCAACUUUUCUAUUAUUUAAAUAUAAACACACCUCUUUUCUGUUAAAAUAUUCCUUAUUAAGCAAAUUUUAUGGCGUAUGACCCCAUUAAAAAAACCUGUCUGCUCUAGGGAGAAAUAAAUUCAUAUAAAAAUUAAUAAUAAACUUGUAUCACUUUCUUUAGAAGCAGAAUAAGCGACAGCUCACUUUCAUAUAUACACAGC